AUGUCUCAAACUGAGCAGAAGCUGUCCGGAACUGCUGAUAUGUACGAUGAGUUUGAUUGUGUGAAAGAAGAAGAAGAAGAAGGUGACAACGAGGAAGUGAUAGUGAAAGAAGAGGAUGAUUCGGAGACUGAUUGCUACGCCUUGGAAAACAGUGUUGAACAGUCAACAGGCAAUGGAUCUGCGGUGAAAACUGAAGAUCAGAAUGAAUCAGCAAUUCAUAUGUAUGAUGUAGAGUUUCGUUUCAUUCUGCAACAGGAUUUCUCUGCAGUACAGAAAGCCAAUGAAAGAAAUGAGGCAGUUAGAGUCAAUGAAGAGCCGGACAACGCGGAUUCGGAUGCCGACACUGAUAUUGAUGAGGACUAUAGUCUUCCAGCGACAGCAUUCAGUGAAUCGCAGCAAAACACCGAACCAGUGGUCCCCACUGCCAGAGCCAGAGGCUCAAACUCAGGCGCAUCAUCAUCUGGUGAACAACAACAACAACAACAACAACAACAGCAGCUGAAUGGUCGCCCUCAGGGAAACCAAAGAGCUAAAAACUACCGGUGUCAGCAGUGCGACAAACGCUUUGAUCGCCAAUCUGGUCUCAAGCGACACCAAUUGGUGCACACUGGCAUUAAGGCGCACCGCUGCCCCACCUGUUCCCAGUCUUUCGGGCAGAAGAGCGCCCUCAAGCAACACCAG